AUGGCGUACACCGGACCAUCACGAAAUGUCGACCUGUCGAAGACAGAGUCGGAGCUUACUGUCAACAUCAGGAAAGCUACAAGCAUUGAGGAAACUGCUCCAAAGCGGAAACAUGUGCGCAGCUGUAUUGUCUACACAUGGGACCACAAGUCGUCGCAGUCGUUCUGGGCGGGCAUGAAAGUACAACCUAUCCUCGCCGAUGAGAUUCAGACCUUCAAAGCCCUCCAGUGCAUACACAAAGUCCUACAGGAGGGUGCUCCCGUAACCCUCAAGGAAGCGCAACAGCACACACAAUGGAUCGAGAGUCUUACCCGUGGCGUGAGUGGGGAAGGACUCAGGGGAUACGGACCGCUUAUUCGCGAAUACGUUUAUUUCCUUCUGAAGAAGCUUCAAUUUCACCGACACCACCCGGAGUUUAAUGGCACCUUCGAGUAUGAGGAGUACAUCAGCUUGAAGACUAUCAACGAUCCAAAUGAAGGUUACGAGACCAUCUCCGAUUUGGCGACCCUCCAGGACCAGAUCGAUACCUUCCAAAAGCUCAUCUUUGCGCACUUCCGACCUGGAACCAACAAUGAGUGCAGAAUAUCCGCCCUAGUACCUCUCGUCCAUGAGAGUUAUGGAAUUUACAAGUUCCUUACUAGCAUGCUGCGCGCUAUGCAUCAGACUCUCGGUGACGAUGAGGCCCUUGAACCCCUACGAAAGCGAUACACUUCCCAGCAUUACCGUCUCGUCAAGUUCUACUACGAAUGCUCCAACCUCCGAUACCUCACUAGUCUUAUCACUGUCCCGAAACUUCCCCAAGACCCUCCGAAUCUCCAAUCCGAGGACGACAAACCGCCAGCAUUGCCAGCUCGGCCCGCCAAUGAAACCCCAAAGCCACGAUCUCCGUCUCCACCUCCACCGCCCGCAAAGUCCGCAGAACCGCAGCCUAUCAACGAUUUCUGGUCGACUCAGGAGGCACAGAAUCAGCUACAGCAGCAGCAGCAGAGGCAAUACGAGGAGGAACAGCGAAGGCUACAAGAACAGCUGGAGGCCGAAAGACUACGACAGCAGCAACUUCAAUACGCCCAGCAACAAGAGUUCGAACGUCAACAAGCUCAACAAGCCGAAGCCCAGCGUCUCGCCCAGGAACAACUUCUUAGGGAUCAGUAUGAACGUCAGGUCCAGGGCAAACUCGGAGAGAUGGAGCGAGAUCUUCUCAACAUGCGCGGUCAGUACGAGCGGGACCAACUUCUCCUCGAACAGUACGACAGGAAGGUCAAGGCGCUCGAAAUCGAGCUACAGAAUGUUGCGAUCAAUGCCCAGCAGGCUGCCGCGUCGAAGGAUGAUCUUAUCAAGUCAUUACAAGAGCAGGUAGCACUAUGGAAGAGCAAGUACGAUUCCCUCGCCAAGCUCUACUCACAACUUCGAACCGAACACUUGGAUCUUUUGCAGAAAUACAAGGCUAUGCAGUUGAAGGCAUCUUCGGCACAGGAGGCAAUCGAUAAGCGAGAGAAGUUGGAAAGGGAGAUGAAGACGAAGAAUUUAGAAUUGGCGGACAUGAUUCGAGAGAGGGACCGUGCACUAUUUGAUUUGGAUAGAUCGAAGGGCGGAAACAAGGAUGAACUUGAGAAAUUGCAGAGAGAAUUGAGGAUGGCGAUCGAUAGAGCUGAUGGGGCGGAGAAGAGCAAGGGAUCGGAGUUCUCAGUACUCAUCAACAAGCAUACAAGGGAGGUUGAUGACCUGAAUAGGGUUUUGAGAGAUAAGCAGAGACAGCUCGAUGAGUUAUCAGCGAGGACGAAGGACGGAGAUAGUGAUCUUCAAAGGCUGCUGCGCGACAAGGAGGACGAGAUUGAUGUCAUGCAGGAGGCUAUGGAUCAGUUGAUUCGUGAGAUGAAAGAGCUUCAAGAUGCCGCUGGAGAACGAGACCUUGCGACUGGUAAUCAAAUCGACAAUGUUUUGUUGGAUCAUAUUGGCAAGCUCAACGGUCUUAUCGACUCCGUCUUGCAGAGCGGUGUUAAACGUGUGGAUGAUGCCUUGUACGAAUUGGAAUCGCCAAUGCAGGCUGGUAACCAGAAUGCCACUGCGGCGUAUCUGCUUUCUCAGCUUGAGAAGGCCGGACUCAGUGCCACGGAAUUUGCCACCUCGUUCAACAACUUCAUUGCAGACGGGCCAAAUGGCGACCAUUCGGCAAUCAUCAAGACCGUCAGUGUUCUCGCUUCCGCUAUCUCUGAUACUCUCGUCAAUGCGAAGGGUAUCACACGUCUUGCUCCGGAUGAGAAGAAAGCAGAUGCUAUCAUCAAUGCCGCUCGGCUAUCCGCGAAUGCCACCGCCAAAUUCUUCAACAACCUAAUGUCCUUCCGAAUCAUCGACUAUGAUGACGAAGCGAAGAUUGGAAUUGUGGUUGCUGGAAAUCACGACGUUCACCAGAACCUCCAGAAACUCUCCAAGCUUACCGAAGCAUUUGCACCUAAGGGCGGCAGUCUUGCUAAUCAAUCCGGAAACCUUGAAGAUAUUGUCGACCGGGAACUUGGAGCCGCAGCCGCAGCUAUCGAGGCUGCAGCUGCACGAUUGAGCAAGAUGGCUAACCGAAAUCGAGACUACGAUACCUUUGAGCUUGAGAUCCAUGAUUCGAUUUUGAACUCCGCGGUCGCCAUUACUACUGCUAUCACGGCUUUGAUCAAAGCUGCUACGGACUCACAGAGAGAAAUUGUAGCUCAAGGAAAAGGAGGCGGUUCCCGAACUGCUUUUUACAAGAGGAAUAACAGGUGGACGGAAGGUUUGAUUUCUGCGGCUAAGGCAGUAGCUACUUCGACGAAUUUGUUGAUUGAAACUGCGGACGGUGUUAUCGUUGGAAGGAAUAAACUCGAGCAGCUUAUCGUUGCUUGUAAUGAUGUCACUGCUUCCACCGCGCAGCUUGUAGCCGCAUCUCGUGUCAAGGCGACUUUUAUGUCUAAGACACAAGAUCGAUUGGAGGGAGCCUCGAAGGCUGUUAACUCAGCUUGCAGGUCGCUGGUUAAGCAGGUCCAGGAUAUUAUCAAGGCAAAGGCGAGCGCUGAGAAUGAUGUUGAUUAUACCAAGUUGACUUCGCACGAGUUCAAGGUCCAGGAGAUGGAGAAGCAGGUUGAAAUAUUGGAACUUACCAAUGCAUUGGAGAGGGCUAGAAAGGAUUUGGGAGAGAUGAGGAAGCAUUCUUACAGGGAGGAGUAA